AUGUUAUUUUUUUCUUCUUCCGUUUGUCUAACCUGUCGACCCUUAUGCAAAGAUUUUUUCUUCCAUUCUUCUUUUUUCUUACCGUUCUUGAUAUUUCUCGGAGCGAUUACUUUCACUAAAGAGGAUUUCUUCAUUUACUUGCUUGUUUUUCUUUCACUUUUUUCUUUAUUUCCCUUCUUUCUUUCACCACAUGUUGCCUAUUUCUUUCUUUCUUUCGCCACAUGUUACACUUUUCCUUCAUUCUUUCUUGUGAUCAAUUCACUUCUUUCCUUCUUUUCUUUAGAUCAAACGUUUCUUCCGUUCUUGCUCUCAUUACUUUUUAUUUUGAUGGCUACAUUUCCAUAUUUAUUUCUUUUAACUGCAACACAUUGCUUUUUCUUUCUUUCUUUCUUUCUUCAUUAUUUUCUCCUUUUAUUCCUAGGAAUCAUUUUUCAUUCUUACUUAAAUUCUUUCUUUCUUUCUUUCUUCUUAUUCAUUUUUUAUUUUCUUCUCACGAGUCAUUUUUCAUUCUUUCUUUCUUUCUUAACUCAUUUUCUCUUUUUCCUUUUAUUCUCAUUUUUCUCUUUCUUACUUUCUUUCUUUAUUCAUAAUUUUUUUAUUAUUUAUUUUAUUCGCACCAGUCAUUUUCUUUCUUUUUUCUUUUUUUAUUACUUUUUCUUCUUAGUUCAUUAUUUUCUCUUUUAUAUUCUCACAAAUAAUUUUUCUUUCUUUCUUAUUCCCUUUCUUUCUCUCUUCAUUUUCUCUUUUCUUUUUUAUUUACACGAAUCAUUUUUUUUUCUUAAUUUUAUUCAUUCUUUCUUACUUUUUUUCAUUUUCUUUCUUUCUUACCUUCUUUCCUUUAUUUCUUUCUUGCUUUUGAUGGCUACACCUCGUUUUUUUUUUUUUACGAUGAUCACGUUCCCUAUUUUUCUUUCAUUUUCCUUUUUUUCCAUACUUAUUUCUUUUAGCUGCAACACAUUGCUUUUUCUUUCUUUCAUUAUUUUCUUCUUUUAUUCCUAG